CCUCACCAGCACAGCAGCAAAGAGUGUACAACAGGCAGCAAUUGUGGGAUACAUUCCUCACUCAAAACGUCUCUCUGAAUGCGUAAAACGCCGCUGGAAUAGUUUUCUGUAUCAUAUUCUGGAUGCAUGCGACGUUGACCUUCAUAUGUAGAUUUUCGGUCAUGUAUUUGUAGUGUACAUUAUGUGCAUAUGGAGAAUAUUUUUUAUCUCUUCCGUAUUUCUGGCUGUCUAGAUUUGGAGUCUACAGAGAAGGGAACUGUCGCCACUUUUUGACCAACGCUUCGAAUAUUUGUUUUGAGAGCACAAUUGGGAACAUUUGGAAAUUCUGACGUGGUUUAUAUUUGGACUUUUCACGGUUUCAGCCUAGUUGGGUGAAGGGGCCGUUUUUCAAACCACGCACAUCGCUCCCUUUCCAGUGUUUCGUUUUGCACCGUUCAAUUGUAGGCGGCUAUCCUAAAAACUUGACCAGAACAUUUUCUCAGAAAUACACUUUUCGUUUGAUCUGAUGUAUUGUGCGAUGCAGUGCAUAUCUACAAUUAUGAUGUAUUAUUCUUAAAAACGAGGAUUUUGGAGGUCAUCAGUGGCAAUCAUAAUGGCAAACGACGACAACCGCUUCAUAGUGGAAAAGUACAUUUGUCACAAACUCUUGAAACGAGGAUAUGCGUGGGAUUUCGAGGAUGCCGAGGAGGAGGAAGGUGCCGCUAAUAAUGGGUCGAUGAUUUCUCCUCGGCUGGGUUUGGCACGGCGGUGCCACGGGGCCAAUAACGCCGGCCCGAGCAGCGUCCCUAGUCUUUCCAAAUGGCUCUCCCAACCGGACCCGCAUGCAGCUAUUCACAGAGUUUUGCGUGAGGCCGGGGAUGAACUCGAAAGACUGUACCAGCCCGACUUCGCAGAGAUGUCACACCAGCUGUAUCUCACAUCCUCCACGGCUGAGAGGAGAUUUAGAGAGGUGAUAGACGAGCUGUUCAGGGAUGGGGUUAACUGGGGACGGAUUAUCGCCUUCUUCGAGUUCGGGGGCACAAUAUGCGUGGAAUGCGUGAACAAGGAGAUGACGUCGCAGGUGGAUCACAUCGCGGUGUGGAUGACAGAGUAUCUAAAUGGACCACUGCUCAGCUGGAUUCAGGAGAACGGGGGAUGGGAGGCCUUUGUUGAGCUCUAUGACAGACAGAGGGACUCUGUGUUCUGUUCGUGGCCAUCCAUCAAGACCGUCUUCGGCCUGGCUGCACUGGGGGCCGCAAGCCUUACCAUUGGAGCAUACCUUACACAGAAGUGAAGGAGUUCUCGUUUUCUCUCCCUCUUUUUUUGUACUCCCUUUUGCUACUUUCUCUUUUCAAAGGCAGCCCUGCCCCCUCCGAGACGAUCCCGAAUCCCCAACCUGCAUGUCUUCAAAGCCUCUCUCUUUCUCUUUCUCUCCCUGUUCUCGAAAAAACUCCCUCUUUCUUAACCCUCACUUCAAAAACAAAGAUGCAAAUCAAACAACAGCAGGAAACAGAGUCACUGCCCACACAGAAGAAAACAUGUAAUGAAAGCCGCGCCGUUUAACUGUAAUCACAGAAAGAUUGGAGAGACAACUGAGGGCUUGACAAGAGAGGAGAGGAGGGGCGGGUUUGGCAUGUGUCGUUUUUGUUCGGACUACUAGUUGUAGCAUGAAACCUUUGUGUGCUCGUGUAGAUUUGUGUAGCAUGUGUCGGUGUGGCAAAAGAAAGCAUAUAUUGCACCUCAGGCCUCCCUUGAAGGAUUUACUAAUAGGAGUGCAAGGACAUUGAUGAUUCAACCGCUUGCACCAAGGUGAUGGCCCCGACCCAGGUUGUUAGGGCGAGGAGCCCUUUUUGAACUGUGUGCACUCUGUGUACCCCCUUCAACCCACCUUCAAAGGACUUCCUCCACACAACAGCAGCUCUGAAUGUAUAAUGGGAGGAGUUCGCCGCUAACCAGAACGGUGUGUCUCUCCACCCACCGCUUCUACACUGCAAUAUACCUGGAGCAUCACUCAACUCUGAACACACAGCAUCGUUAUACAUACAUGUAUAGAUACAAGGUCUCAUCAGAACGUCAUCUAGGUGCCACAGAUGCAGCUUGCUCUGCAGAGAUCUGAGAGAGAGCUGUUGGACUGUGGAUUGGAGACUCUUUUUUUGCAUUUGACCCAUAUGAAAUGUAAUAAGAGAGGAUAGAGGGAGGCAUUGAAGAGAGGAUAAAGGGAGGCAUUGAAGGAGUGAAAAGCAGGUUAGUUCUAGCGUUUGGCAGCCCAAACCCCUGUUUUAUCAAUCAAAUCAAUCAAUCAAAUGUAUUAAUAAAGCCCUUUUUACAUCAGCCAACGUCACAAAGUGCUGUACAGAAACCCAGCCUAAAACCCCAACAGCAAGCAAUGCAGGUGUAGAAGCACGGUGGCUUGGAAAAACUCCCUAGGAAGGCCAGAACCUUGGAGGAAACCUAGAGAGGAACCAGGCUCUGAGGGGUGGCCAGUCCUCUUCUGGCUGUGCCGGGUGGAGAUUAUAACAGAACAUGGCCAAGAUGUUCAAACGUUCAUAGAUGACCAGCAGGGUCAGAUAAUAAUAAUCAGAUGUUACUGACAGAAAGUGAAAAAUAUGAUCCCACCUAGCUGGGUUUCUGGCUUAGUCGAGAUCAGAGAGGGAUAGAGGGAGAGAGGUAAAUACAGAGAAAGAAAGAGAACGUGUGAGAAAUAAAAAGAGGGAGCAGAGAAGAGAGUCAUUGUGGGUACAGAGAAAGAGAACAAGGAGUUUUAGGAACAGACAAUGCUUGGGGACAAACACAAGAGGUGGAUUCAUUCCAUAGGUUCAGUGACAGUGAGCCUCCCUCCCCAGAAGCUAGACACACCACUACAGCCACUACAGCCUGCAGGAAGAACUGACUCCCCCAGAAAGGCAUGGAUCAGUUUGGCCUCACGUCACUCCCUCACUGUGUCAGCAUUUUGGAUGUCUCUGGCUGCCUCUCUUUGUAGUACUCUUUAUCUUUCUCUCUAUCUCUCUUGGUUUCUCUCUCCCCCUUGCCUGUACAGUAUGUCUGACCAGAAUUCAUGGCCUCACCCAAGCCAAGCCACUGCUAUAAGGGGACUGAACCAAACCGCCAAUUCUUCUAGAACAUGUGUCCUCCAGCUGCUGCUGUUGCUGGGCUCUUAGCUAGGGGACAAAGAGGCCCUCCCCACAGGCCACGUUAAUGGUUGAUUCCACAUUUAGGACGACCAUGUUGGAGACACAGUAAAUCCCAGUGUGCACCUCUCACAGUAUCUCGAACCGUAUCAAACUCUCACAGCAAGAAAAAUCUCUGUUGGACACAAAGACUCUGUACUGUGUUGGAGUGAAGUGGUGUCCAUUGUAUGCACAGUAACUGAGAUAUUUGAGCACCCUUUGUGAGGUUGGCACCUGCUGGCACAGAGCACAACAUCUCUUCAGAGUAAACAAUCAUUUCCAAUAAUGUUUUAUGUGUUUGUCUAGCGUCUCGGAAAAGCUUAGGGCUUUAUUCAAUCCGUAUCGCUGAAGUGUUACAGAUGGCGUGACAGAAACGUAAAGGUAUUUUCUGAUUGAGCCGACAUAUACAGCGUUUACCGUGAAUGCAGUCUCCGCCAAUGCGGGAACAUUACCUUUAAAUUUCAAUUGGGCUUUCGCGCUGAACUUUGGAGAUCUGGAUUGAAUAUAGCCCUUACUAUCCAUAAUAUGUACUCUCUUGCUCUCUCUUUCACAUGCGCGCGCACACACACACACACACACACACACACACACACACACACACACACACACACACACACACACACACACACACACACACACACACACACACACACACACACACACACACACACACAUGUUUAUGUAGAUAAGUGUAAAGAGCAUGUUGUUGAAUCAUCUAAAUGAUGUGUAGACUGUCAUGUGUAGACUGUCAUGUGUAGACUGUCAUGUGCAGACUGUCACUUUUGUUUUAACAAAAAAUCUAAAAAAAUCUCAGGGUCAUGUGCUCCUUCACACAAUUACUGAAAAGCAUGAUGAGGUAAAACUAAUGCUAAGAGAGAGAGACAGAAGGGGAGAGAGAAAGAAUGAAAGGAGAACACUCCUCUCUCUCCAUGCAUAUAAAAUACAUGACACUCCGAAGAAGGAGAAUUUUAAAUCACCCAUACACUUUCAAGGGAACGUCCAGUGUGUGCAUGUGUGAUGGGCUGUCAGUUCAGGAAGGGGCCAGCAAGCCGAUAAGCCCUCUUGCUUUAAGGCUACAAGGUAUUGGCGAGAUUUCAUCCUCACUGCUGGUUAGUAGAGGGGGGUAAAACUGACCUAAGACCAGUGUCCAGAAAAAGAAUAGUUUUACCUUUGUAGUAAAAUCCAGAAGAUCCAUUGAGAUUACAGUACCAUUCUUACUCCACACACAGACUAACAGAUGCCUGUAUCUACUGCCUGGUAAUACAUGGCAUGUCAUUUCUAUAAAUAAAUACUGUUUUGUUGGUGAAUUUGAAGCAAAAUUGGAGCAAAACAUCUUGUCUCAUUUGGAGUGCCGUGAAACGACACUAUUUAUUUACAUAAAUAUUCAGACCCGUUGCUAUAAAUUAUGUGUAGACUGUCAUGUGUAGACUGUCAUGUGUAGACUGUCAUGUGCAGACUGUCAUGUGCAGACUGUCAUGUGUAGACUGUCAUGUGUAGACUGUCAUGUGUAGACUGUCAUGUGUAGACUAUCAUGUGCAGACUGUCAUGUGUAGACUGUCAUGUGUAGACUGUCAUGUGUAGACUGUCAUGUGUAGACUGUCAUGUGCAGACUGUCAUGUGUAGACUGUCAUGUGCAGACUGUCAUGUGUAGACUGUCAUGUGUAGACUGUCAUGUGCAGACUGUCAUGUGUAGACUGUCAUGUGUAGACUGUCAUGUGCAGACUGUCAUGUGUAGACUGUCAUGUGCAGACUGUCAUGUGCAGACUGUCAUGUGUAGACUGUCAUGUGUAGACUGUCACUUUUGUUUUAACAAAAAAUCUAAAAAAAAUCUCAUUCUUCGUUAAUGUCUUCUUACAUCAAUGCAAAAAAAAGAAGGUAAUCUGAUGUUUUCACAGAAUUAAUAUUCACUAUGUGUACCCAUAUUUACUGUAUAUCAGAAUAGGACAUUGUUACAUAUACCAACUUCUGAUUUUUAUUUAUUGAGCGGUACCAGAACACAGAUAUUUAAAUCAUAGAUGGGACAACAAGUUAAGAUCAUGGAGACACUCAAGUGUCUAGAGAAAUUGUAUCUUUAGUUUUAUUAAUGGAACAAUACACUAUUUGGGGCUGCUAUUGUAUCGAAUGUAACAUUGACUAGUGACUUUCUGUGUAAGACGUGUUCAUUUUGGCUUAACGCUGCUAAACUGUAUAGUCCUGAUUUAACUUAACGCACAGCUUCAAACUGCCACACAGAUACAGUAUCGUUAUAGAAAGCUGUAAACCAAAGUUAACCUGUAAGUAACGUUGUGUUAAUAGGAUGUGAAGAUGUAGCAUGAAGAGAUAAACACAUGCCAAUUCACUUUUACUCCUUUCAAAGAGUGUCAGAGUCAGAUUUUGCAGUCUAUCUGUGGAAGGGUUGUUGGAAAGACAUUGUAUGCGUCCCAAACGGCAGCCUAUCCCCUUGAUAGUGCAUCACUUUUGACUAGGGCCCGUGGGGCUCCAGUAAAUAGUAGUGCACUAUGUAGGAAAUAGGACAUCAUUUGGGGCACAAGUAAAUAUUAGCCUGCUUGGUGUUGUUCAUAACGUUUCAGUAGAUACUGUAGCACCCGAAUGCACCCAACUGUAUAUAUGGUAACCUGUGCUUUAGUGAUAUGUAUGUAUGGUAAUUGUUAACAUAAUUAUGAAUUCCUUCUAAAGUUUAUGUAGUGGCAGAAAACAGUCUCCACAUCUUGUGCUUUUUACCUGCUAGAUUCUAUCAUCAUAACCAUGGGCACUAUUAUUUUUCUACAAUAACAUUAGUUGUGAAUCCCCCCUACUCAUGAUAAACCCUCAAUGGAUAUGUACAACAACAAAAAAACUUUUUUUCAGUACUGUAGUCUUGUCCAGACCUUUAGAUAAUUAGUCAUUAACUUGUUCAUAAUUGAAAGAUGUGUAAUGGUUUUUCAUGUUCCCUUCUGUAAUUCUGUUUAAAUGAUUGUAGCCUACAUGACACCAUGGUUGUAGCGUUGUAAAUAGAAUCCUCAGCCUGUGGCACUUAAAAGGUGAAAGAAAAUGCAUUACCGUUGUUUACUGCUAAGUAUGUACUCACAAUAAGCUAGCUGGGAUCAUGUUGUUCCCAAUAAACCACAUAUUUCCUGCA